AAAAUUCGAAUGGAAGUGACAGCUCCAUAAUUUUCAUUAAAAAAUAUAAAUAAUAAAAAUUAUGGCGGGUGCAGCAGACGAAUUAAUGCUCUUGGAGAGAGUUUUUCUUAGGCUUGGAUCUGCAGAAACCGAUGAACAGUUGCAAAAUGUGCUCUGUAAGUUUUUACCCCCAGUUUUGCUUAAAUUAUCAUCAUCUCAGGAAGGUGUUCGAAAAAAGGUGAUGGAACUGUUAAUUCAUGUGAAUAGAAGGAUUAAGACAAGACCUUUAGUACAAUUACCUGUUGAAGCUUUGCUAACUCAGUAUCAAGAUCCAUCGGCUACAUCUUUUGUUACAAAUUUCACUAUUAUCUACAUAAAAACAGGAUUUCCCAGAUUACCAAUUGAAAAACAAGCCGAAUUAGUGCCAACAAUUUUAAAUUCAUUGGAAAACAAACCCGUGUCUCAUAUGGACAGUCUUUUGUUGUUAAUUAUUCCCCUGCUGGGAAAAGUUAAAGUUCCUACAGAUCCAGCAAAAAUCGGAUCUUUAUUUGGACUGAACGAAAAACCACAUAUUGUGAAGAACCUUUUGGAAAUGCUAUUGGAUAUGCUGCUACUACCUUAUGGCGCUUUAACCUAUCAAGCAGAAGGAUCAAAUACGGACGUCAACUUGCCAGUGCCUCCUGGCAUGAGUCAGGUAUCAUUCAAAAGAAUCACUUUGAAUAACCCAAUAAAACCGGAACAACUUGAGGAAAUGAAGUUGGGCAUCGUGAAAUUCGUGUCUCACGGAGUAUUCAACAACGACGACAUCCUAAUUCACCUGAUAGUCGCCGCCGCCGAUACCCGAUUCAGUGUUGCCAACUUGGCGGACAACGAACUCAAGAAAAUCGUGGGUUCCGCGUCCGGAACCAAGUGUUCCUUGCAGCUGCAGGUGCUGUUUUUGGGCAGCCAGGUGAAAACCAUCAAGCCUGAGCUGUCCAAAUCGCCGGCCAGCACUCGAAUUCGUCUUAAAAUUCUCACGUACUUGGUCAGAUUUACCGGCGACGUUUUCUUUUUCGGAGGCUGUCUGCCCGUAAUUUUCGAUUCUUUGUACGGAAAAAAUACCAACUCCAGGCUAAAGACUUUGGCAUUGAAUUACGCCACAAAUGUUGUAAGAUACGGCACUGAAGAGUUACUAAGCCCGGUAGCUCCGGUACUUCUUUCCGGACUCACUAAGCAAAUCAAGGAGGGGGAGGAAAGCCACCAGGGCCAGUCGUACGUUUUGAUUGGACUUUUGGCGCACAGGUUUCCCAAAACGGUUUACACCAACGUCGGUUUACUUGAAAUGUUCUUUGCCAAUUUGGAAACGGCCAAUCCCGAUCUAAGGUUGCUCAUAAGAGAAGGUUUGUUGAACCUUAUUUUGGCGUACAAAUAUGACGUCGGUGCGGGGGAGAGGGACCAAGAAAAUAGGUUGGAUAUUAUUUUUGCCCUCAUGAAGCACAAAUUAACAUCUGACGAGCCGAUGGUCAGGUUUGUGGGCGUUAAAACGUUGGCAACUAUAUUUCCGCCGGAUCACGUUCCCUCAAAGUAUUUGCUGCUUCUAUCCACUGGAGAUGUCAAAGAUGAUGUUUCUCAAGAGGCUUUUAAAGCUUUGUACGGUACAUCGAGAAAAACCGACAUUGAUGUGUCCAGAAAAGCGGAAAAAACUAUUUCGAUGCCAAAAUUCGAAGAUAUAGCAAAAUAUGUACACGGCGAGGCCGAAAUUAAUUUAAAAGAAAAGGGGAGAAGUUUUAACGUGGGAAAUCACGUUUUACCUUUUAGCAGUGCCACAUUUAAUGAGAUUCUCUUGUACGUUAGAUUGUGUUUGUUGAGAGAUUUGGAAGUGCCGUUGACAAGAGAAGUGCUGCGCCAUCCCUGCGAAUUCUCGCCCGUGAUUGGCGCACACUUGCAAUCGCUGACCAAUGGGAAUAGCACCGUGGAAAAUACCCCUUUACUUCAGUAUGCUGCUCUGCUUAGGCAAUAUCUCGUCGCACAACCAUCCAUCGAUCCUCUGUGUUGCAUGGCAGAGCUGGUGGGUUGCGUACCGAUUUUGCACAAAAUCUUGCUCAAAGACUUGCCAUGGCUGAGAGAUCUCCUAAGCAACACCAAGGAAGAAGUGAGGGAGCUCGCUGCACUCCUCUACGGUCUCGUUUUGAGCGGGUGUGCGUCUGAUAGUGAAUUUGAUGCCGCUUUAAGAUCGCUUCUGACGCAAACUGGCCACAAAAUGUUGGAAAACCAGCAUGGAAGUCUUCUGGCGAUUGGGGCCGCUUUGAAUUCGAAAAUAUUCGAGAAGAACAGGAAUGUUAAGGAUUGGGAUUUGUUGAAGGAAUGCGUCAACAAGCUGAUUGAGUUUUUGAAGCAUUCCAACUCUUUGUUGGCCUCCGCGGCUUGUACGAGUCUAGGUUGCAUUGGUAGAGUAGUUGCUUUGCCUUUGCCGGAUGGUAAACCCGAAAAAUUGGGUAGUCCUGAUGCGAAACGGCUCGCAAACGAUGGUAGCAUAACGAAAGUGGACGUGGUCAAUAGUUUAUCCGAAAUCGCCAACAACACCAAAAUGUCCACGAAGACGCGCGAAAAGGCCGCGACGUCUCUCGGUUUGCUCUGCGUCGGCGAGAAGUUCCCGCACGCGAAGGAAGUGAUGGAGGGCUUCUUGAACCAGGCGAAGGAGACCAAGGACGUCGAGGUGCACUUCACGGUCGGCGAAUCGCUGGUGAUGUGCUGCCAGAGCGUCUGGUCGCCGGAAGCCAGGAACCCGUGGAGCACGCUGCCCAAAGACCACGCGCCGUCCGUAAACGAUAGAGUAAACGAGCCGUUGCCCGACGACAACUUGGAGUGGCUUCUGGACGAGCUGCUGGCGAUGGCCAAAAAACCGCAUCCGAACUCGCGUCAAGCCUCCUGCAUCUGGUUGCUGGCCGUUAUCAAAAGCAGCGGGGAAAAAGACGCCAUCGGCAACAGACUGACGCCGAUACAAAGGACUUUUAUGGAUCUUCUGACAGAGAAUAACGACAUCGUCCAAGAUACGGCGUCUAAAGGUUUAUGCGUGGUCUAUGACACUUACAAAGAGCAAGAACUACUAACGGCUUUGGUGAAACAGCUGACUUCAGGAAUAACCAGUGUUACCAAGGUUACCAGUGAUACCAAGCUGUUUGAAGAGGGACAACUUGGUUCAGCACCUUCAGGCGGCAACUUGACAACUUAUAAAGAGCUUUGUUCUCUGGCAUCGGAUUUGAAUAAACCCGACUUGAUCUAUAAGUUUAUGCACCUGGCAAAUCACAACGCCAUUUGGAAUUCCAAAAAGGGUGCCGCUUUCGGUUUUUCCAGCAUUGCCGAACGCUGCGGCGAAGAUUUGAAGCCGCAUUUGCCGCAAAUUAUUCCUAAACUCUACAGAUACCAAUUCGAUCCCACUCCCAGUAUACAAGCCUCCAUGCACAACAUUUGGAGGGUGCUAGUGACAGAACCAUCAAAAACACUGGAUACUUAUUACAACGAGAUUCUCGUUGAUCUGCUGGAAAACAUAAACUCGAACCAAUACCGAGUAAGGCAGUCUUGUUGCUUGGCCCUUCAGGACUUCCUGAAAGGUUCAAACAAUCGUUCGAUACACGACGCUGUGGGUUCGAUGGACGAUCUUUGGAAAAAAUUGUUCAGGGUCAUGGAUGACCACCACGAGGCCACCAGAGCCACCGCAACUAAAACUACCAGGGUCUUAAGCAAGUUAUGCAUUCGAGGCUGUGAUAUUAGUCAGGGUAAAGAUGGAGUCAAAAUGGUUGAAGCAAUUCUACCUCCCCUAUUAAAUUAUGGUAUAACCAAUACUGUAGCAGAUAUUAGAGCUAUUAGCUUGCAAACAGUAUCGGAACUGGUGACAUCUGCCGGAAAGCAGCUGAAACCGUUCCUGCCGAAGCUGAUUCCGCCUCUGCUGCAAGCCGCCGGUGAAAACGAAUCGGUGAAGCUGUCGUACCUGAGCACGAUGCUCGGGGCGCAAUCGCAAGCUCAGGAGGCGGUCGACAGCGCGAGAGCUUCCUUCGCCAAGUCGCACUUCACCACGGAAACCGUGGCGAAAAGUCUGCAGUACGCGGACGCGUCCAUCUUGGAGGAGCUGGUGCCGAAGCUGGUCGAGCUGAUGAGGGGAUCGGUCGGUUUGGGAACCAGGGUCGCCUGCUGCCAUUUCAUAGUGCUCCUGCUGGUGCAAAUGGGCAAGGAUAUGCAACCCUACACCGGGAAAAUUCUGGCCGUCUUGGUCAACGGCCUGACGGAUCGAAACGCGGAGAGCAGGAAGCAGUACGCCACCGCCAUAGGGCAUCUGGUUUCCUCCGCGAAGGACUCCAGCUUGGAGAAGCUCUUCGCCAAACUGAAGUUGUGGUACUUCGAGCGGGAAGACGAUUCCAUCAGGUCCGCUUGCGCCUACACCAUCCAAUCGAUCGGCAUCCACAACCAGGAAAUUUUGAAGGAGCACUCGGACGUCGUGCUUCCCCUGGUGUUUUUCGCGAUGCACGCGGAAAAAACGCCCGAAACGCAGAACACUCUGAACGUUUGGACGGAGAUUUGGUCGGAACAGAGCCCCGGCACCGAAACCGGCAUAAGGCAGAACAUCGAGAAUAUUUGCGAGAUUCUCAAGAGCGGCUUGGAGAGCCCUUCUUGGACCAUGAAGGCACAGGCCGCCAACUCUGUUUCAACUGUGGCGAGUAAGUUAGGCACCACAAUGGACCCAAAGCAUAGAAACGCGUUGCUACAAAUUUUGCUGAUUGGCUUGCCUGGAAGAACAUGGACCGGCAAAGACAAGCUUCUAAAAGCUUUGGCCAGUAUUUGUUCCAACUGCAAGGAUUCAAUCAAGGAAGAUCCCGAAGUGAACGUAGACGCCAUAGUGGAGGCGGUGUUGAAGGAAAGCAGAAAAGAUGAUAUUGUCUACAAAAAUUCCGCCCUGCAAUCGCUGGCCGAUGUGAUAUCUUCCCUGGAAGUGGACAAAUUCGACCAAGUUUACGAAAUUGUGCAGGGUGUUAUAAGGGGGGGCGCGGCGAGGGACGAGGACGACGACUCGUCCUCGCAAGAAGUUUCAAAGCACAGAGAAAACGUUAUCAAGAUCAAGGAGACCGGAUAUGAGACUUUGGGAAAAACUUGGCCGGCAAACAGCCGACAAACCCAAGAAAAGUACCGCGAAAUGUUCGUAGAACACAGCGUUCAAUGCCUGCCGACAAUAACAAGGUCCGUGCAAGUGAGCGUCAUGUCGGCCCUGUACAACUUUAUCGACAAACUUAUUUUGUUGACCGACGAGGAGUUGUCGGAAGAAGAUGCGGCCAGUUUGGGGAAAAUAAUCGACAACGUCGUCAGAGCUAUUGAAUACUCCUUGGGUAUUUCUAAACACACUAGAUUAAGGAAGGAGUCUCUGAACGUGGUUUUUUGUCUCGGUCAAAAGUUGCAGCAGAAAAAGAAGCCUGCUGAGUUCGAGAAACUUUCCAGCAUGUUCAGAAAAGUUUUACCGGAAAUAGAGAACGACACGCAGCCGGAGAUCAAGUCCAGGCUUAACGAUAUCAAAAAAAUAUUUGCAGAGUAAAUGUGUUGCAUUUUAACGGUAUUUAUACUUUGUAUUAACUUUGGAAGGACGUUAUUUUAACGAUAAUUUAUUACGUACAGUUCAUUGCUUUUUUAUUGUUUUAAUUGUUUUAAUAAUAAAGGAUUCAAAU